CUCAAAACUCCGCUGCAGAAACCAUCACAGCAUGUGCCUCCUAUAAAUCAGCUCCAGCUGCACCCAUGUAGAUCGGGCCAUGUUAUUCGUUCUUUUUUCUAAACAUAGUUCACACUCUUUCUUGAAGCAGAACCCCUUUUGCUGCUCCCCUGCCGUCCAAUGCGGCCGACGGUGCACAUCCUCCGGCAGGCAACCCGCCCCGCCAUCAGCAACAUCGCCGGCUCGUGUGCUUCUUUGCCUAGCCUCCUCUCCCUGAGCCAAUCUCAACCUCGCAACCACGCUCAACAUCCCCGACUCCAACAAUUCUCCACCGCACGCACAAUGGCCACCCGCUGCUCCUCCUCCUCCCCAUCUUCCUCCUCCGGGAGAGGCGGCAUCGAAAAGCUCCCCUCCUCACCCAUCCGCGUCCUCCGCACCGUCGACUCCUUCCGUCGCUGGCGCCGCCCACACCUUCUUGACCAGCGCUCCGUCGCCCUGGUGCCUACAAUGGGCGCCCUUCACGAGGGCCACCUAUCUCUAGUCCGCGCCGCCGCCCGCGAGAACCACCACGUCGUCGUCUCCAUCUACGUCAACCCGGCCCAGUUCGGCGUCCGCGAGGACCUCGCCAGCUAUCCCGUGACCUGGGACGCCGACUGCGACGCGCUGGUGCGGCUUGACCGCGAACUGGCGGAUGACGGGCACAAUCUGGGGCGGAUUAGCGCCGUCUUUGCGCCGAGCACGGCCGAGAUGUACCCCGGAGGGUUUCCUGGGCAGGAGGUGGAUAGCAAGGGGAGUUUUGUGACGAUUACGCCUGUCGGGGAGGUGUUGGAGGGUAGGUCGAGGCCGACUUUUUUCCGAGGGGUCGCGACCGUGUGUAUGAAGCUGUUUAAUAUCGUGCAGCCGGAGCGAGUUUACUUUGGGCAGAAGGAUGUGCAGCAGACGGUGGUGAUCAAGAGGCUAAUCAGGGACUUUAUGCUGCCCAUUGAGGUCGUCGUUGGGCCGACGGCGAGGGCUGAGGACGGGCUUGCGCUGAGCUCGAGGAAUGUGUACCUGGGGGAGAGGAGGAGGGCGGUGGCGACUGUGCUGCACAAGGCGCUGCGGGCCGCUGAGGAGAGGUACAAGAGUGGUCAGAGGGGUCGGGACGCUGUUCUCGGCGCGGCGGAGAGGUUCGUUGACGAGGUUCUGGUGGGGCAGAUGGCUCUAGGGCCGGAGAAGAGGGUGCGGUUCGAGGUCGACUAUAUUUCGCUUGCCGACCCCGACACCAUGGAGGAACUGGAUUUUGUCCACUCGGCAAAGGGGGCGAUUCUCAGCGGCGCAGUAAAGAUGUUGCCCGUUGAGGUCCCCCAAGAAGGAGAAGAUCUCGGUCACAGCGGUGGCCCGGCAGUCAGGUUGAUUGACAACAUCAUUCUGCCACCUGCUGAACAAUGAUAGCAGUUUUAUAGCACUUUCGCAUUGGUUGGCGUUGGAGGGUUGGUCAGAUUUAGCGCGCAUGUAGAUGUGUUUCUUAGACGCGAUGCCUUGCUGAACUAAUGUCCUGUACAGAAACUAGGGUCAUUCUUGUUUUUGAAGAUACGCCUGGAGCACGCAGAAAAUGGAAGUUGAUUAUCAGUC